UCAGUAAUCACGCACGCGCACAUGUGCACUAGUAUAUGUGCGAAGGACAACUAGCUCGCCCGGUCGUAUCCAAACCCAACACAGCAAGCUGGUGAGACAAGAAACCUGGGCUAGUUCCCUUACCGUUGGUAUACCGGUCCCUUGCGAUCCUAUCCGCUCCACGCGUCGUUCACCGCCACCGCGCCGCGUGACAUGGCGACCGGCGACGACCGGCGCUGCCCGGCUGCGUUCGCGGCCGACGGCGGCGGCGACGGGGAGAGCGCGACCGCCAUCGAGGACCUGCCCGCGGACGUCCUGGCCCUCGUGCUCCGCCGCCUCGACGGCGCGUCCCUGGCCGCGCUCGGCUGCGCGUGCGCCGCCUUCCGCGGCCUCGCCGCCGACCCGGACGCCUGGCGCGCGCUCUGCCUCGCGCGCUGGCCCUCGCUCCGCGACGUGCCCCCCGUUGACCACAAGGGCCACCGGCAGCUCUUCGCCGACGCGUUCCCGUUCCCGUUCCCGGCCGCGGCCGCGGCCGUGCCUGCGCCGUCGUCCGCCGUCCCGGCGGGUGCGUGUAGCCUCCCCACGCGGCUCGUCUCGGCCGUCGACCUCUAUCACGGGGGCGCCUGCAUCAUGUCGCGCGUCGUGGAGACCGACGCCGCGUCGGGGUGGUUCCUGGGCGCGCCGUUCCGCGUCGACGCGCUCGUGCAGGAGGGCUUCUCGGCGCCGAAGCCCAUCACUCCCGCCGACCUGUCGCUCAGCUGGGUCCUCAUCGACCCGGCCACCGGACGCGCCGUGAACGCGUCGAGCCGGCGCCCGGUGUCCGUGGACCGGCGGUGGCUCACGGGGGAGACGGUGGUGCGGUUCGCCGUGGUGCUCGGUGGGGGCGUCGCGCUGGACGCCGCCGUCACGUGCGACGAGCGCUUCGGGCAUAUCACGGAGGUGAGCCUCCGCAUCGAGGACGGCGAGGGCGGCGGCGUGAGCGGGCGGGACGGGUUGGCCGUGGUGGCCGCGGCCAUGGCGGGCGCCAGGCAGGGACGCGGCGCCGAGGCGGCGGCCAGGCUGCGGUAUGAAGAGUUUGUCAAAGGGAGGGCGGCCAGGAAGGAGCGGAAGGCGAGGCUUGAAGGCAUCGUCGACCUCUGCUGCUCCGGCGUCGGAGCGGCGGCGUUCCUGGGGUUCCUGGUGAUGCUGACAUUCCGGUGACAUCUCGACGACGGCCACGCAAAUGUACAGCUCGGCUGGCGAGCAAUGUGAAUAGUGGGGAAAAAGAGCUGUGUAUAGUUGACGCUUGACACGCACGCUGCACACAAUAGCUGUAAUUACGUACAUGGUGCAGGUUACAGGUUUUAACAACACUAGCAAUUUAGACAA